AUACAAUUUAUUCUCUUUCUCUCUCUAUCAAUAUAUCUUACAUGGUAUCAGAGCUAUAAGAUUUAGGCCUAUAUUCCUUUCUUUCCGGCGGGCAGCCGGCCGGCAACCAUGCCUUCGCUGCCCGCUGGAGUUUUUCAACACCAGCAAAACCAUUCUUUUCUAUUAGAAGAUUCUCUGUACUGUGAGGAAGAACAAUGGGAGGAGGAGGAGGAAGUUGUUGUAGGAAUAGAGAGCUUAGGAGAGGAGAGAGAAAGUGAUAAUAAUCUCUCUCUUUUCCAUCUGCUGGUAUCGGAACAUGACCUGUUUUGGGAAGAUGAAGAGCUUCUCUCUCUCUUUCCCAGCAUUAUUUCAAUCUUUGCUUUUGGAACAGGUCGUGCUUCAGGUUCAUCCCUCAUAUCAACAGUCAAUGUCCGGAUCUCUGAAUCUCACAAGAGGAACCGCAUCCAGGUCUCCAACACCAAGAAACCCCUCUUCUUCUAUGUCAACCUCGCUAAGAGGUAUAUGCAGCAAUAUAAUGAGGUUGAGCUGUCUGCUCUUGGAAUGGCAAUUGCAACAGUGGUCACUGUGGCUGAAAUUCUGAAGAAUAAUGGAUUUGCACUCAACCUUGAUGAAUGGAUUUGCACUCAACCUUGAUGACAACAAUGGCACCGCAGACUCUGCAAUCUGUGUGGCUCGCAUGGAGGCUGUGGAAUGGAUGUUGAAAGUUAAUGCUCAUUAUGGGUUCACAGCUCUCACUGCAAUUCUUGCCAUUAAUUAUCUAGAUAGGUUUCUUUCUAGCCGCCAUUUUCAGAGAGAUAAGCCAUGGAUGAUCCAACUUGCAGCUGCCACCUGUCUCUCUUUGGCUGCAAAUGUUGAAGAAACCCAAGUCCCUCUCCUCUUGGAAUCCAGGAUGGGUUUUAUAUUGAAAGCUGUGUUUCUCUUUCUCUCACUGUUUCUGUUUUCAUUACACAAAACAAAGGCUGAGCAUUACAAGCAUGCUAGCAGUUCCAUAGCCAGGAAGCUUGCAAGUGGGUGCAAUUAUUCCCAAGGCUCCACUUCUUCAUGGUUGGCUUUGCACCCACUUUCAUCACUUUCCCCUUGUUCCCCCUGUUCUGGAUCUGGAUCUGGCCAGAUCAAACUCAAGGAGGGCAAUCUCUCUCUCUCUCUCCAUGGACCCAACAUCAUCAUCAUGCACCCACUCAAUCUCCCUCUCUCUGGGUCUCGGUUGGAGGAGGAAAACAUGGGGGACACCGAUUGGUGCUCUUGAUACACACUUGUUCCCCACUUUCUUUAUUUUAUAUAUAUAUAUAUAUAUAUCUCUUUUUAUUAUAUUAUAUUAUAUUUAAAAAAAAAAAAA